GAGAAACAUCGAUUACUUUCUGAAACCCAGGCAAAACAGAUUCAGCUGAAAGAGCAGCAGCAAGCACGAGAUACUUUAGCAACUAAGAUUAAAGCCAUGGAAAGUAAAUUGCUCGUAGGCGGUAAAAGUAUAGUGGAUCAUACAAAUGAACAACAGAAGAGACUUGAACAGCAUCGUUUGGAGAUCGCUGAGCAAAAGAGAAAGGAACGUGAAAUGGAGCAACAACUGAUGACUAAAGAUGAAGCUCAGUUAGAAAGAAAAGAUACGUACACCUCACUACAGCAGGAAGUUGAAAUCAAGACAAAAAAACUCAAAAAGGUAUUAAGAAAAUUUCAUUGU